GUGAAUGGUGAGCAAUGGACACAGGGAACUGGAGCCAGGUAACAGAGUUCAUCAUCCUGGGCUUCCCCCAUCUCCAGGGUGUGCAGAUUUAUCUCUUUUUCUUGUUGCUUCUCAUUUACCUCACGACUGUGGUGGGAAACCUGCUGAUAUUCCUGGUGGUCUGCCUGGACUCUAGGCUUCACACACCCAUGUACCACUUUGUCAGCAUCCUCUCCUUCUCAGAGCUUGGCUAUACAGCUGCCACCAUCCCUACGAUGCUGGCAAAUUUGCUCAGUGAGAAGAAGACCAUUUCAUUCUCUGGAUGUCUCCUGCAGGUCUAUUUCUUUCACGCACUUGGAGCAACUGAGUGCUAUCUCCUGACAGCUAUGGCCUACGAUAGGUACUUAGCCAUCUGCCGGCCCCUCCACUACCCCACCCUCAUGCCUCUAACACUCUGUGCAGAGAUUGCCAUUGGUUGUUGGUUGGGAGGCUUGGCUGGGCCAGUAGUUGAAAUUUCCUUGAUUUCACAGCUCCCAUUCUGUGGCCCCAAUCGCAUUCAGCACAUCUUUUGUGACUUCCCUCCCGUGCUGAGCUUGGCUUGCACGGAUACGUCUAUAAAUGUCCUAGUAGAUUUUGUUAUAAAUUCCUGCAAGAUCCUAGCCACCUUCCUGCUGAUCCUCUGCUCCUACAUGCAGAUCAUCUGCACAGUGUUCAGGAUUCCCUCAGCUGCCGGCAAGAGGAAGGCCUUCUCCACAUGUGCCUCCCACCUCACUGUAGUUCUCAUCUUCUAUGGGAGCAUCCUCUUCAUGUAUGUGCGGCUGAAGAAGAGCUACUCACUGGACUAUGACCGGGCCCUGGCAGUGGUCUACUCAGUGCUCACACCUUUCCUCAACCCCUUCAUCUACAGCUUGCGCAACAAGGAGAUCAAGGAGGCUAUGAGGAGGCAGCUAAAGAGAAUUGGGAUACUGGCAUGAGUGGGGGCUGGGAGUAGGCCAGUGCUGGGGGCUGAGGAUAUGGUGACCCCAGGGAUCAACAGUGGCCAGAAAUGAAAUAAAAAAUUCAGUACUUUUCUGCAGGGGAUGGUGGAGUUGUAGCAAGUGCUGACUGACUUUCAGUCUUACACUGAUCUUCCUCCUGUCUGCUGGAGCCACAUUUGGCUUGGGACCAGAGACUAGGAAAGGUACACGUUCCUUCAACAAGAUGUGGUACAGUGAUUUUCAAAACUUGGAUGUUUAUGUAUCACACUUAGGAUUUUUAAAAAGUCUGUGCCUUACCUAUUACAUAUAGAGAGAGACAUUUUUCAAAUUUACUUGACUUAAUAUAAAUAUAGUCAGUCAUGUCCUCAACAAUAUGUGUCAAAUAAAAUGUAGAAUAUAAAAUUCAUAAUGUUUUAUGUACCACUUACAAUCAUUCCAUGCGGAGAAGACUGGUACAGUAGAAAAAAGCAUGUUUUUUGAACUCACAUAUAUUUGGGUUUCAAUCAUAUUUUAUUCAGUCACUUGCUAAUUAAUCUUUAGAAAGUAACUUAGCACCUCUGGGUCUUAAUUUCAUCAUUUGAUAACAAUAUUUUAUUGAAGAGCAUUUUGAAUAUUAGUGUUUGUAUUUGUAAACCACAGUACACAGUGUCUGACAUGUAGGUGAUAGUAAAAUAUAAGUUAUUUUUAUUUAUUUUAUUCUGUCAAGACCUCUCAUCAUUACUCUGAGUCUUAGAACAAUAUCUAGUAAAACAUAAAUAAUCAGAAAUACUUUCCAGGUAUUUCCCCACAGGAAAGGAAUAAACCAGCCAGAAGGAAUACUUAUGAAAAUCCCUGCCGUCUUGUAUAAAUGUAGCACGAUGUAAUCAUUCAUCAGCCAUCAGCGUUUUGUAUUCCGGAACACUGGCGGCUUCACCUUCACUAGAUGCUGCCAAGUUGUUUCCCAGAGUCUGCCUACCAUCAACAACGCAUGCGUUUUUUUUUUUUAUUGUUGCACAUCUUUUUAAAUGUUCUGUGUGGUCACAUUUUUUUCUACAUGGCUGUUGUGUAAACAAUAUGCUACUGCUUCAUUUGCAGUUGAAUAUUGUGUGUGUGUGUGUGUGUGUGUGUGUGUGUGUGUGUACUCCUCAUUUGGUUGUUUAUCUUUUCUUACUUUGUGGAAGCUUUUUAUAUAUUCUAAACAAUAAUCAGUUAUAUAUACAUUAUUACAAAUACAGAUUCCUAGUGUGUAUCUUGUUGUUUUGCUUCUUAAUGGUAUUAUUUGAUAAAAGGAAAUAUUAAAUGGUUUCAUUCAUCAGUCUUUAAAUGUAUGGUUUAUAUUUAUAUCGAAUUUAAAAAUUUUAACUGAAAUUCCAAUACAAUUGACUAAGCAAUGCACCGUCUCCACAGGCCUGUUGUGCCGGCUAUGUUCAUCUUUUCCCCAGUGAUCUGCUAUUACUGCUCUCGCAUAUUUUAAAUUCCAUAUUAUGUUAAUUUCUUUUCUUUGCUUCUAUUGACUGUUUAUUCCUACUGGUAUUUUAUUACAAAUUUUGCUUCAUAAUAACCUUUAGUAAAUAGUAGGACAAGUGUCACCAUUUCAGUCUCCUUUGAAAUGUCUUUUUCUUGGCCCUCAUUCUUACGUGUCCCACUCCUCCCGACUCAACCUGAGAUUUUGAUUGAAAUUAUUGACUUGUAGAUGAUUGGCAUGUUUAUGUAACUGAGACAUUCUAUUCAUUAGCACAGCAUAUGGAUCAAUUUAUGUGUUUGAUACAUUCCAAUAUGGUUUGAUAAAGUGCUAUGUUUAGAUGUAACACAUCGUAUAUAGUUUUGUAUUUUUGUUGAUACUUCAAAUGGCAUCUUUUCAUUACAUUCUCUGUCACCUGUUACUGAUAUAUAAUAAUACGGUGUUAAAUAUAUCAGUUUGUAUCUAUGCACUUGCUGCACUUCACAUUAUAAUUUGUUUUUAUUUUCAUCUGUACAUUUAAUAUCAUCUUUAAUUGAAUUCUUCCUUCUUUAUAGUCUAAUGCUGUGUUUCUUUUUCUUUUCUUAUUUUCAAACAAAGUUUCAUUUUUUUAUGAUGAACACCCAUUUUAAUAUAUGUGUAUAUAUAUAUAUGUCUGUAUAUAGAUAUAUAUACUUCUCUAUGUACAUAAUUCUUGAAUGGGGAUAAUAAUAUAUAUUAUAUAAUAUAUAUACAUUUCUAGACACUGUUACAAAUAAUAAUAGAAAAAGCUAGUCGAUUUCCCAAUUUGUUUCUUUGUUUUUGUAAUUCUCUCCUUUGAUUUCUGUAAUACAUCAUUGCCCUCUUUUUCUCUCUCAGUUUCCUAAGCAUUUCGGGAUAAGACAGUAAGGCAAACCUAGGUUCAAAUUCUUGCCCUGCCACCUACUUAGCUACCUGACUACAGGGAAGAUACAUCGUCAUUAAACUUUAGUUUUCUCAUCUUUUAAGUGGAAACCAUAAUGACGAAUUUACGGAACUGUGAAAGGAUAAAAUGAGAUGAAAUCUAAAAAUGCCUUAGCAUAUUUGUCACACAUUUAAUAAAUGAAAGUUAUUUACUGUUAA